GUGUGACAUCUCUAAGGAGGCCUCCCGUGUCCUGUGAUGAGGCUGGCCCACCCAAGGGUGUGGUGAUAGGAUUGGUCCUGUAUGGCUCCUGAUAACCCCAGCUCUACCAAGGAGGACGAUGGGAUAAGAUGGGCCCCUGAGCUAGUUGGGAGGACUGAGAAACAAACACAGCAGGGCGCAGUGAAGGAUUCCAGCUCUCUGGACUUGUUUCCUCUUCUAAUUUGCUGCAGGAUUUUAGAGCUGAGUCGGCAGCAGACACCCCGGAGCCUAGAGUCCGUCUAGCAGACUGCCCUGUGCCCCCGGCCCACACCAUGCAUCACCAGUCCGUACUGCACAGCGGCUACUUCCACCCACUGCUGCGGACCUGGCAGGCCUCUGCCUCCACCAUCAGUGCCUCCAGCCUCAUCUAUCCCAUCUUUGUCACGGAUAUUCCUGAUGAUGUCCAGCCUAUUGCCAGCCUCCCAGGAGUGGCCAGAGCUAACAGAAAGGUGCGGAGGCCUGGGCAGGAGACCUGCUCCCCCAGGGCUUCGGCUUCCUUGGCCUUCCCCAGGUACGGCGUAAACCAGCUAGAGGACAUGCUGAGACCUUUGGUGGAAGCAGGCCUGCACGCUGUCCUGAUCUUCGGUGUCCCCAGCAGAGUUCCCAAGGAUGAACAGGGCUCUGCAGCUGACUCUGAGGACUCCCCAACUGUUGAGGCCAUCCGCUUGUUGAGGAAGACCUUCCCUGACCUCCUAGUGGCCUGUGAUGUCUGCCUGUGCCCCUACACCUCCCAUGGUCACUGUGGCCUCCUGAGUGAGAAAGGAGCAUUCCUAGCUGAGGAAAGCCGACAGCGGUUGGCAGAGGUAGCACUGGCCUAUGCCAAGGCAGGAUGUCAGGUUGUAGCUCCAUCAGACAUGAUGGACGGACGUGUCGAAGCCAUCAAGACUGCCCUGCUAAAACAUGGACUUGGCAACAGGGUCUCUGUGAUGAGCUACAGUGCCAAAUUUGCCUCCUGCUUCUAUGGCCCUUUCCGGGAUGCAGCUCAGUCGAGCCCAGCUUUUGGGGACCGCCGCUGUUAUCAGCUGCCUCCUGGAGCCCGUGGCCUGGCCCUCCGUGCAGUCGCCCGGGACAUUCGGGAAGGAGCUGACAUGCUCAUGGUGAAGCCGGGAUUGCCCUACCUAGAUGUGGUGCGGGAGGUGAAGGACAAGCAUCCCGAGCUCCCCCUCGCGGUAUACCAGGUGUCAGGAGAGUUUGCCAUGUUGUGGCACGGAGCUCAGGCUGGGGCCUUUGAUCUCAGGACUGCUGUACUGGAGUCUGUGACUGCCUUCCGCAGGGCUGGUGCCGACAUUAUCAUCACCUACUUUGCACCGCAGUUGUUGAAGUGGCUAAAGGAAGAGUGAUGGAGAGCAUAGGAUUUGAUCUGGACAGAGCUGCUUGGGCCUCGAAUGAAACCAAAGUAAAGGCCACUGCUGAACUGUG